CCGAAAAUAAUAUUUGAAAUUUUAAAAUGUAUUGACAAAAUUAAAAAUAAAAAGUCAACAAAAUAUUACAAUAAAUCUAUUUCAUAUUAAAUAGUGAUAAAAUAUUAGAAAAUGUCCUUCAAAACAACUUCAUUUCUAUCACCUCAUUAUCCCAACACGUAUAUGGAACAAUUUUACAAAGCCCUACACCCCGACUUGGAAUUGGGCACAGUUUGUGUGGCGUGGUUUCGUCAGGCAAUAAAACAUUGCACCGAUUUGCUGAAUGAUGCAACAACACAAACCACUUACUUUUGGACAACAGUUAAGAAUUUUAUAUUUCCCGAUAGAACUACCGAACUUAUAUCCCAAAAAAUACCUAUAAACAUUAAUCCGAAGCGUUUAUCUCAGCAAGAUUGUCAAGCAUUAUUUCUGGACUUAGUUAGUGACUAUGUUCAGAGAGCACCACGUUAUGCCGCAGAGUCUGUAACAAAUGUUAUGCUCUGGCAAAUACUAUACUCUGUUAUGGGUAUUAUGGCCUUGGGUUCCAUGCUAGUGGGCAUUAUUUGUAUUUACAAUAAAUAUGGGCAAACAAAACAGGAACUUAAGAUGCUAGAUGACGUUUUUAGCCCAGAAAAUCGUAUGCUGGCCACUGCCAAACGUACUUUACGUUUGGCAAAGGCGGAAAUAAGAAAUAUACAUAUGAGACCGGCAGCAAAAGUAGAAGAUAUUCUUCCUGCUGAUGGAGCCGAAGUUCUUGCCAUUAAGGUCGGAAGAAAACAUGAAUUUUUGGAAUCGGUAGUUUUGGGUAAUAUGUAUUCGCAAGGAAAAUUGCACAGACUUUACGAUCAGCAUAAUAAAACAAAGACAGAUUUUAAAAUUGAGCCUUUGAAAAAGGCAAUGAAAUUUUUGGAUAAUAAUUGCAAUAAACUGCAUGUCUUGCUAAUGUUUGAGGAAGAUGCGACCUAUGAUGAGGAGAUGGGGGUGAACAGCAAACGUAAAAGCAAUAGCCCCAGAAUAAAAAGUUUGUCACCAUUAAAUUCUAAUCGUUUAGAUGUAGGAGAUUUCAAACAAAAAGCUGGUAUUGAAAACAUUUCCGGAUCGCCCCGAAAACUGGCAACAACUCCCCGUUCUAGUGGAGUUGCCAAUUCUAGCAUACCACGCAAUGUUUCCAAACGUUCGCCCAUUAACAGGAACUCAAAAUAAUGGAAUCGUACAACUGCUGUUACUUUCUGAAUUGAACUAUCUGUUAUUUUGUUAAAUAAAUUGUAAUAAAAAGACAAUUUUUUUGUAAGUUUUUUUGCGCAAUUUAUUUGUUGCGUAGUUGCCAUACUUAGUAAAACAAAUUUCUUAUUAAAUCUUAUUUCAAUAUUUGCUGGUUUUCUUUGUUUAUACAAAUAAUUUAAACAAUACUUUUCUUUUUAAAUUCUUUAACAAAUUACAUAAAAAUUGAGUUUUUUUUAUUAACUAAAAUAGAAAAUGAAAUAUUUAUACAUAAAAAAAUUGAUAAUAAAUUGUUAAAUUUAUUUAGCUUCUCUUAAAUAAAAUAAUAAAACAUACGUAAAAAGGCAUAAACAAGUGAAUAGAGAAAUAAUUACGAUCACAAUAAACAUUGAAGAGAGAGAGAGAUAGU